CUCUUCAGCUUUAUAACAUUAGUAUAGAUAAAUCUUGAUUAUAUAUCUAAGGAAUAAAAAAAAAAGGAUUUGCAUUAAUUGUAGGGUUUGUUUGACUGGUAGGAAUGUCAUAAAUUUAAAGAAAUAAAAAAUUGAGCACUGUAGGUCUUCCUUCAUAUUAUUGUUUACACUGUUAACAUAUAUGACUGUUUGAUGCCAAUAUAAAUUUUAAAAAAUCCAAGAUCGAGCGUUGUGGUGUAUAACCGUGAGUGUUCUUCUUGGCCACACGGUGGGCGCCAAAAUAGUUUGAUUGAAUGGAUAAAAAAUGUACUUAGGCUUGCUAUCGUGGACGAAAUAAUGACAAUCAAGUUUACUAAUAACGCACACUUGUUAUGCAUAUAAUUUAACGAUGUUUACAAUUCCUCUCAAUCACUGCAAUUUUCUCCCACAGGCUUAAAAUCAUCAAAAACGAGUAUAUGGCAACUAACAAUGCUAGAAAGGCGUAACGCUGUUGCAUUCAUACAUUAUACGACAGUCAGACCUUUCAUCUUUAUGGGCUCGACUUUCAAAUGUUUCUAUUGCAUGGAUUAUUAUUCCGAACUCAAAUCAUUGUUAACGCACACGAUGACACACAAACUUGACACAAAAGAAGAAAUCUUAGAGAAACAUGUACCAAAAGGGAAGAGGACAUUGCAAGUAGACAUAUCAGAACUAAAUUGUAAAUUAUGCGGCCAGAAAUAUCCCACUUUAGAACCUAUUAGAACGCACUUGGAAAAAGAGCAUGGAAAAGUAUUCUAUCCUGCAGGUAACGGAAUGACUGAAUAUAACAUGGAGGUUAAGAAUGAUAUGAUGUGUUGCCAUGUUUGCGGUAAAGAAUACCAUACCUUCCAGCUCCUCAAUGCUCACAUGAACAGCCAUAUCGUCAAAGUAGUUUGCGAGAGUUGCGGUGCUGGUUUCUUGAACCAACAUAUGCUAAUGAAGCAUAAAGAAAGCCAUUUGACUAAAAGAUUUAUAUGCAAACAUUGCGAUAAAGUGUAUUAUAAAAAAAGUCAGUUGAAAUACCACACAGAAAUAGUUCACAAAGGAAAAGAACGAGUCAAACCGAAGACAUGCCCCCAUUGCACGCUAACCUUCAAAGAGUAUUAUAGCAAAAUGGUCCAUUUAAGGGAAGUACAUGGCGUUACGAAAACUUUUCAGUGCCAUUUAUGCAAAUCCUCCUUUGUCACUAGAAGAGCACUCACUGAGCACUCGAAUAGGUAUCACACGGAGAAAUAUAAAUGUGACGUGUGCUCUAAAUGCUUCGCGAUAGAGUCCAGAUUGAAGCAGCAUAUGCGAGGGCAUACUGGAGAGAGAAACUUUGUCUGUCCUGUGUGCAAGAAUGCGUACAUGCACAAGAUGACAUUGAGUAAACAUAUGAGAACGCAUGGUACAGAAUUCAAAUUGGUUUGCUCUGAAUGUGGUGUGGGUUUCCAUGGUAAGAAUGAAUACAGUAGACAUAUGAAACAAUGGCAUGGCAGCUUUAAAGGAACAGACAAUAUUGUGAAAUGAAGUUGUUUCCAGAAACGAGUAGUCGCACAAAAAAGGUAUUUUUUAAAAUGUUUUGUUGAUAUUUUAAGCUUGUGAUUUAGUAGUGGUUCUUAAACCUUUACAGCACUUGAUCAAAUUUCAGCAAUAGAUUUUGACCGCUACCCUCAAUGUAUUAGGGUUUAAGAUCGAGUGGGGAAAUUUGACAGUUUUGUAUAGUCUGACGUGCUGUUGACUGUUCAUAAGGUAGUGUACUGGUCUUCACAAAAUAAGAGAUCCCUUUUGACAAAUGUCAUGGGACCGUAAAUAGUAAUGCUAACAAACUAACAGCCAGUUGCACAAACGUCCAUUAA